AUGCUAAUAAUCUACUGCAUAAUUCUCAUCCAUUCAGUCUAUGCUAAGGAGGAUUGUGAUAGGUCAACCAGAGAAGAGCGAUGCAGAGAAAUCUUUAAGCAAAUCGAAGACUGUAGCCAGGAAUCAUACAAAACACAGUUAAUGGAUUGCUUAGUAACUUGUGGGAAAUGUGGAGCAUUCUCUUGUAAUAAUCCACAACCGGACACAAUGCUAAACUGUACUGCUUUGGCCCCUCAGUGUGAAUCAACACUUUGGCGCAACUUUAUGAAGGACAAAUGUCCAGCCACUUGUGGGAAAUGUGAUUUAAAGAAUGCAAAUCUGUGCAAAGAUGCUAGUAAUAGUGUCAUAUGCUCAAACAUGCAGCAAUUUUGUAACUCUGUGGAUUAUUACGAUCAGAUGACAUACGCAUGCGCAUCGACUUGCAAUCGUUGCUCCGCUGCUGCUGGUGGAGAUAAGCAAACUAGUGAGUUGUUAUCAAACAUAGCACCAAUCAGAAAAUUGAUCCAUUGUUUUGCAGCUACCACCGUUUGCACUGAUUUCGCAAGGGAUUGUGCGUCAAGAACGGCUUUAUGUAACAAUCCGCAAUAUGAGGGUCUAAUGCAUCGAGUUUGCGCAAAAACUUGCAACAAAUGCGAUGGAUGCUAUGAUUAUAGCAGCAGAUGCCAAACAUGGGCUUCUCAUGGCUUUUGCAAGAAUAAGGACCAAAAUAUGAAAAUGAAGUACUGUGCAAAAACAUGCAUGCUUUGUUGA